AUGAACAUGCUGUUUGUUGAGUGGACAGGAGGCAAGAGAAGAUUUCAAAACACUUUCCCUCAACCUUAUCCUUCUGAUUUCAACUAGAAAAAAAUGCAUGGGCUCUUCUUUGUCCUGGUGACGUGCACAGCAGGUGCCUCUGCUUUCAGGCUCCAGCAAGUCAAAAGCACAGAAAACUGCACAGAUCACACCGUGUAUUUCAAACACUACUACGAACUGCAUGGAGAACCUGUGGUUCUGAAAUGCCCUUCCCCCAGAUACAAACAUCUGGAUUUUUCUGCCUUGACCCCUAAUAUCACAUGGCAUAAAAAUGGAUCAAAAACCAUGAUACCAGGAAGAGAUGAAGACCCAAGAGUCUGGGCAGAAGGAAAUGCACUCUGGUUUUUGCCAGUGACGCCAGAAGACUCAGGAGUGUAUAUCUGCACCAAAAGGAAUUCCUCCUACUGCGCCGAGGUCUCCAUCCAUCUCACGGUUGUGGAGAAAGCAGCUGCUCAGGAGAUUGCCUAUCCCCAGGUCCUCUACACUUUCACCUCUGGCAAGAUUGUUUGUCCUGACCUGUGGGAUUUUACACCAAAUAUGACAAGCCUGGAGCUCAAGUGGUACAAGGAUGCUCUGCCUUUGGAAAAUGACAACGAAAAAUUCGUCAUUCUGAAAGGUUCAACUUCUCUGAUCAUGACAUCUGUGCUCCCGUCAGAUGCUGGUUAUUACACCUGCAAGAUGUCAUUUCCAUCUGGAGGUGUGAUGUAUGAAAUCACCAGGACAAUUCAGCUGGAGACUGUUGAACAAGAGAAGAGAAUUACUCCAAUCAUUGUGUAUCCAACACAAAAGACAACAUCAGCUGCUCUCGGCUCCAAGAUGACUCUGCCAUGCAAAGUGUUUGUUGGACUGAGCAGCCAUGUCCAAACUGAUGUGGAAUGGUUAGCAAAUGACACCAGUGUUGACGUGGUCUACAAACAAAGCAGAGUUACAGAGGGAGAACGACAAGAAAUUGUAGAAAAUGGUGAAAACCUCAUUGAAGUGCCACUGAUUUUUGAUUCUGUUGAAGAAGUGGACUUCUACACAGACUUCACCUGUCUGGCCCAGAACAGAUAUGGAUACCAAGUACUACCAACAAGGGUCAAGCAAGAAGCUCUUGGCUUGUCCUGGUACAUUGCAUUGAUUCCUGUCGCAUUGGCCUGUGUGAUCCUGGGAGGGAUAUACAUGCACAAGUUCUGGAAGCAGAGAGCUGAUAAAGGAUACACAAUAGCAAAGGCUUAA